AGAAUGAAGGGUCCACGUAGGAGGAACGGGCAGCUCAAUUGGGCAACAACGAAACAUGCCCAAAACUCCAAAUCUCCUGUAUAAUUGAGCUCUUUUGCUCAUAGCCAUACAAAUCCAACCAUGAGCAACUUCAUUAACACCACCACUCUCCUCCACCCCAAACCCACCACCACCACACCCCAACCCCACCGCCACCAACCCCGCCCUCUCUCGGCCACCCGGACAUCAUUUCCCGGCGACCAAAACCAAUCCCACCGCCGAAAUUUCCUCACAAAAUUCCUAACAGCUUCCAUAGCUCUUGGGCUAAAUUCUGCUCCGAUUGCGCUAGCCGAGAGCUGGGGCACGCGUUCCUUCCUGAGGGAGAAAUUCUUGGAGCCCGGGCUGUCGCCGGAAGAUGCGGUGCUGAGGAUCCGGCAGACGGCGGAGGGGUUACAUAGCAUCAGGGAUAUGCUGGAGGCCAUGUCUUGGAGAUACAUCUUGUUCUAUAUCAGGCUGAAGCAGUCCUAUUUGUCUCAGGACAUGAAAAAUGCGCUGUCAAUGGUGCCAGAAACCAGACAGCAGGCUUACGUUGAUGCUGCCAAUGAGUUGGUUGAUAACAUGGCAGAGUUUGACUAUUACAUUCGGACGCCGAAGGUCUACGAAUCGUAUCUGUACUAUGAGAAGACCCUAAAAUCAAUCGACGCGCUCGUGGAAUUUCUACCAGCAUAGUUUACUACCUCUGUCCUUGCGAACAACAAUGGUGGGGGAUUUAGAAUAGAGAAUGCGGUACAAUUUUAGUGAACAUCUCAUUCGAAUUUUUUGUAAAGCUUGAUUCUGUAAAAUUACAGUGAAUGAUGUGCUUCAAGGCUAGUGUCAAUGAAGAAGGAAAUGGAUCCUCUCCAGUCCCUUUGAAGGGAUUCGACGGUCCAUAUUGACCAGUGAA